AUGGAAGGAAAGAGAAAGGAGAAAGCCAUCGGCAUUGAUCUGGGAACAACUUAUAGCUGCGUGGGAGUAUGGCAGAAUGACAGAGUGGAAAUCAUUGUUAAUGACCAAGGAAAUAGAAUUACUCCUUCAAUGGUUGCUUUCACACCUGAAGAGAGAUUUGUUGGAGACGCUGCCAAGUUUCAAAUUUCUUCUAAUCCUCUUAACACCGCCUUCGAUAUGAAAAGACUUAUAGGAAGGCGAUAUACUGAUUCCUCUGUCCAGGCCGACAUGAAACUGUGGCCUUUCAGAGUUGUUUCACAGAAAAAUGACAAGCCAAUGAUUGAAGUGAAUUACAAGGUUCAGAAGAAACUGUUUGCGCCUGAGGAAAUCUCAUCCAUGGUUUUAAUGAAAGUGAAAACUACAGCUGAACAGUAUCUAGAAAGUGAGGUGAAAAAUGCAGUUAUUACGGUGCCUGCCUACUUCAGUGACUCCCAAAGGAAGAUGACUAAAGACGCUGGCCGGAUUGCAGGUCUAAAUGUAAUGCGGAUCAUCAAUGAGCCGACUGCCGCAGCCAUGACUUACGGCUUUGGUAGAGCUGAGGAAGAGAAGAAACAUAUUCUGGUGUUUGACCUUGGUGGAGGUACUUUUGAUGUUUCUAUUGUUGUAGUUCAAAAACGCAAAUUUGAGGUGAAAGCAGUUGGGGGAGAGGCACAUUUGGGAGGUGAAGAUUUUGACAAUAGGAUGCUCGACUACUGUGUCCAACACUUCAACAAGUUGUACAGUCCAAAUUUAUGUGUGAAUGCCAAAGCUCUUCGGCGACUGCGUUCAGAGUGUGAGAGGGCAAAGAGAAAUUUGUCCUCAGUGGUAGAGACUGUAAUUGAUAUUGACGGUCUCUACGAAGGAUAUGAUUUUUUCUUGAAGAUCAGGAGAGCAAAGUUUGAAGAGCUCAACUUUGAUUUAUUUGAGAAGUGCAUGGAAGUUGUGAAGAGAUGCGUGGCAGGUUGCAAGUUAAGAAGUAAGAGCCAAAUUGAAGAUAUUGUAUUAGUAGGGGGUUCCUCAAGAAUACCAAAGGUGCAGGAAAUGGUCAGAGAUUUCUUCGUUGGGAAGGAGCUGUGCAGAGCUGUAAAUCCGGACGAAGCAGUAGCCUAUGGUGCUGCGCUUCAGGCAGCUGUGCUCAACAAGGAGGACGUUCACAUUGUCAUGGUUGAUGUCACGCCUUUGAGUCUUGGAAUCUCAGUGUCUAAUGGUGUUAUGUUGGUAGUUGUUCCGCGAAAUACUGCACUUCCCACUCGGAAGGAGACAUCCGUAACCACAGCAUAUGACGAUCAGACAUCUGUAGCUUUUCUAGUUCACGAAGGUGAAAGACCUCUGGUUGCAGACAACGAUCUUCUAGGAAAAUUUGUAUUGAGAGGGAUUCCCGCUGCCCCGGCUAGAGUGCCAAGUAUUAAAGUUUGCUUUGAAGUGGACGCAGAUGGAAUUCUGAACGUUUCAGUCCACGACAGGGGAAGUGGAGCAAGAAAUGCGAUUACCAUUAGUAAUGAAGGUGGGAGACUGAGCAUUCAAGAGAUUGAUAAAAUGAUAGCGGACGCAGAAAAAUUCUGCAAGGAAGACGAAGAAGCGAGGGAAAAACAUGUUGCCAAAAACGCCCUUGAAUGUUACGUGUCAAACAUGAAAAAGAGGGCGAUGAAAGCAAAGAGUGAAGAUUCUAUGGACGCUGAUGUUGCAGAAGAUCUUAUAUCAACUAUCACUGCAGUUGAGGAAUGGUUAAAGGACAACGACACUGUGACAGUGGUUGAACUGCAAGAUAAAUUGAAAGAAUUGGAAUUGAAAUGCCUGUGUUUGUCUUCCCCCAAGCGGUUUAAGUUUAUUUAAUCAGAGGAUUGAAAAAGAUUGAACUCAACUAGUCGAAUAAUAGUACAAACGAUAGAACUUUUUUUGUAUUUUUUAUGUAAGAAAAACCAGGUUCAUGAUCUCUCUAAUCUUCGCCAGUGAAUACGAUA